AUGGCGUUCAACUUCAACUGGUCGCCGCUCAUGGCGGACGCGAGUUUCUACACUCGUGCCCAAGAGCUUCUGACUGCUGCUCUCAAUAAAUCGCCUAAACCACCGAUUAUCGUCGACGAUAUUAUCGUGACCGAGUUGAAUUUGGGCUCGAUCCCUCCCGAAUUGGAAAUUCUCGAGAUCGGCGAUUUGGCGGAGGAUCGGUUCCGAGGAAUCUUCAAGAUGUCAUACACCGGAGACGCCUUUUUGACGCUGAAGACCAGAGUCCAGGCGAAUCCUCUCAACACCUAUCUCAUGACACGCCCAUCCUUCGCAUCGCCACUACCGCUGGCUGCAGCGACUCCCCUUACUAUUCCCUUACAGAUCACCCUCUCCGAUUUCAAACUCUCCGGUUUUGUUAUAUUGGUCUUCUCCAAGCAGAAAGGAAUCACCGUCGUCUUCCGAAAUGACCCGCUCGAGUCGCUUAAGGUCUCCUCCACGUUCGAUUCGAUCCCAUUCGUCCGUGACUUCUUGCAACGGGAAAUCGAGGCCCAACUCCGCAUACUGUUCAUGGACGAGCUGCCGGCUAUUAUCCAUCGCCUAUCGCUACGGCUAUGGGUUCCGGAAUAUCGGGCAAAGGAGGAGAUGCAGAACCAGAUGAAUACAACCCCAACUCCCACUGAAGGUCCUGGGCACGAUCCUCUUGCCAGUCCGCCUCAAGAUCCCGUCGAUUCAUCAGGCAAUGCAUUGGACGAGUCGGAAAUCGCGUCGUUAUCGCUGGAUUCAGCCGUCGAAACACACUCGCUGUUCUCCCAGAAGAACCUUCUUAGCCUGGCGACUCUGACGGACUCCCAGCGCACACUGUCACUCUUUACCCCGUCGAUUCAACAAGUCGUAUACCGUGCAUGGACAUCAUCCGAUCAGAACGAUUUGUCUGCCAGCGUCAUGUCGCCAAUAAGCCCCGCUCUCUCAAGAACUCAGUCGCAGACUGGCAGCAUGUCGACUUUCUUGGACAACGCGAGUACAAUCUCAGCCCAAAGCAGGACACCCACGGGACCCACUCAGUCCUUUAGCAGCUAUGGCCUGAGCUUGGGAGCCGGUCGUCAUUCCAAAGCACAUGCCAGAAGGCGGAAGAAGCGCGUGGUCGACCUCCGUAAUCGCCCAACGACACCCGACGACUCCGCUAGCGCGAGCGUGAGCGACGAAAUCACCUACACGGAGAGCGCCAGUGCUCCUUCAGUUAGUUCCGCUCCGCUGCCGGCCGUCCAUGAACAGCCUGACGACCCGGUUACCCCGCCAUUGUCGCCUGAGAGUGACCAGCGCCUCCCCGCCAUCCCCGAGAGACGUCGUAUGAGCCUCUCGCGCUCCUUGCCUCGCCGCGACAUCUCGAAUGAAAUCCUCCGUGAUCAAACUGGGCCUUCUGAACCUCCUCGGAACACCUUCAAGACUGACGACGCGAGUGUGACUGUUGGGGGCGUCCGCCCUGCACCUCACCAGGAAGCCGGUCCCUCUUCGGGCCCUACACACCAGCUUUCUGCGGCAGGCCUUCCAUUUCCCCAUGAUAGCCCGACCGGUAGUAGCAUUGUUGACCAAGUCUUGGUCGAGAAACUGGCGGGUGAAAUCGCACGCCGUAUGCGUGACGAGAAACUAAUGGCACCAAACUCUUGUGGUUCAUUCUGGGACCACGGUCCACCGGAAGAAACACCACCACCGGCUUAUGGCCAGUGA